AAGUUUUAUUCUUCAGAGCCUCUGCAGGCAGAUGAUCUGGGCCAGCAGCCUUACCACAUUUCGCACGUGCAAUAGCGCGCUCGACCUCGGCGAACGUGAUGGGUGGAUCUAGGUCACUAGUGUCGUAGGUCACCUCUUGCGUAACAUUGUUGUUGUUGAGCUCGGCCUUGACCUUAAAAGAGAGUGGAGCGGUGCGGUUACUUAGACCGUGACCAGACUGGUUUAACCCAAAUCUCGCAGUCGCAGUUUUUACUCCAAGCUAGCAACACCUCUCCAGCCUACCAAGCCACCCAAGCCAACCAGCCAUCGAGCCAACCUCACCCAGCAAAGCCUCCCAAGCCAGCACAGUUUCACUGAUAGCCAGCAAAGAAGGUUUGUGUGCAGUAGCAUCUAAGAACCAUGGCAGUCAACAUCCCAGGACUUGUUGCUGUGUUGGUGUUCUACGUCAUCAUUCUCCUCGUCGGCAUCUUUGCUGGAAGAAAGAAACGGAGCAUCAAUGACUUCAUGUUGGCCGGCCGUAGAAUGAAUUCGUUGGUGUCGGUGCUCUCAAUAACAGCGACAGUUGUGGGCGGUGCAUACAUCAACGGAACUGCCGAGUCCAUGGCAUUCCUGGGACUGGCAUGGUCACUGGUGCCUCCUGGAUUCUUUAUAGGAGCAAUGAUCGUGGCAUUCGUGUAUGCACCGAAAUUACACAGGAUGGAUUGUGUUACUAUGUUUGAUCCCAUGCAAAAGAAAUACGGCAAGUAUGUGGGAGGGCUGUUAUUCUUCCCGGAACUGAUGGGGGAUCUGUUUUGGGCAGCGGCCAUAUUGGCCGCGUUAGGUUCAACGAUGGCGAUCAUACUGGACGUGGACUCGUGGAUCAUGAUCAUAGUGUCCGGGGUGGUGGCAGCGGUGUACACGUGUUUCGGGGGACUCCUGUCUGUGGCUUACACAGACAUCGUGCAGCUCAUCUUCAUUGUCAAUGGUCUGAUUGUAAGCUUCCCUUUUGCGAUGAACCACCCGGCAGUAGAUUUCAGCAGAGUGAGUUCCACAUGGACUGGUGCAGUUCCCGUUGCCCUGACGGGAUCUUACAUUGACGUGUGCCUAUUACUUGUCUUUGGAGCCAUACCUUGGCAGGCAUUCUACCAACGUGUUCUGGCAUGCAAAACAGUCCGUGUGGCCCGAAUGUCCAUUGCAUUAGCAUCGGUUAUGAUACUUGUACUUGGAGUUCCUCCUCUCUUCAUGGGUGCCAUUGGAGCUGCUACAGAUUGGAACCAGACAUCGUAUGACGGAGUGAUUCCUUUCCCUCCUGAGAUGCAAAGCUCAAUCCUGCCUCUCGUCCUCAAUUACCUGUGCCCACUUCCGGUUUCCAUGAUCGGUCUGGGGGCAAUUUCUGCUGCAGUCAUGUCGUCUGCUGACUCCGUGAAUCUGGCAGCGUCGUCUGUAGCGGCAAAGAAUAUUUAUAGCGAUAUAUUUCGACCAAAUGCGAGUGAUCGCGAGGUUGUGUGGGUCAUGAGAAUCUGCAGCCUUCUCUUUGCUGGCGGUGCAUGUGCUUUAGCUAUUGUCAGCAAAAGCGUCUACGGUCUUUUCGUAGCAUGUGGUGACCUGAUGUACGUAAUUCAGUUCCCCCAGUUUACCUGCGCCCUGUGGGUGAGUUGGGCAAACGGCUAUGGAUCAUUCAUUGGCUUCAUCGUGGCUCUGAUAUUGAGAAUAGGAGCAGGCGAGCCUCUUCUGAACGUUCCACCUUUCAUCCACUUCCCACUUUACGACGACGUGUUCGGCCAGACUUUUCCCUUUAGAACACUCAUCGCUAUCAUCAGCUUUGCUACAAUAUUGGGCGUGUCUGCUGUCACCAAGGUGAUGUUCAGGAAUCGGAUUCUGCCGUCCAGACUUGACGUUCUAAAUGCUUCAGGGCAAAAUACAUAAGUGGACAAGAAAACCGGCAACCAGACUGCAAAAUAUCUCCUUCCUUUGAGGACAUCGCCUCACAGAAUCUUUUGAAAGACUUGUCCGUGCUUGUAUUCAUCCACGAAUCGCCAGUAGAGUACAGUAAACUACGGUUAUAACGAACUCAAAGGGACUACUAAUUUUAGUUCGUUAUAAGCAUAUAUACAGCAUAACUACAGCAAAUAGACGGGACCAAAAACGUUUGUUCGUUAUAUCGAUCAGUUCGUUAUAAGCGUGUUCGUUAUAACCGUAGUUUACUGAAUAUGAAAAGGCCUACAUACGAAAAACAAACUACCUCACGAAGAAACCGUGAUAUGGAGUGGAGUGAACAAAAACUGUAGCUUGGAUAUGCAUUCCCAUAGCCUUGUAAAUGUGUUACAUCGUGUAGUUCAUCUACGGUGUACAAUUUUCAUUAAACUUCAACUGAUUGGA